GAUGUUUGCGUUGAGAAUCGUUUACGCCCAGGGCUGGUACAUUAUCUGCUACGCUUUGGCCAUCUACUUGUUGAACCUCUUUUUGGCGUUUUUGACGCCAAAAUUUGAUCCGUCGUUGGAGCAGGAGAUGCACAGGGAGUCCAUGGAGGAAGGCAUUACCAGCGAGCAGGAGACCAGUGAGGAGUUUAGACCGUUUAUCAGAAGAUUGCCUGAAUUCAAGUUCUGGUUUGGUGCUACCAGGGCCACCCUGAUCAGUUUGGUAUUGACCAUGUUCUCCAUCACCGACGUGCCAGUGUUUUGGCCGAUUUUGGUCUUGUACUUUGUCAUUUUGUUCACCUUGACUAUGAGAAAGCAGAUCCAGCACAUGAUGAAGUACAGGUAUUUGCCAUUCGACUUGGGAAAGGCCAAGUACGGCUCCAAGUAGAUACUCCAUUUCGUUGUGUCUGGCCCUGGAAAACCCCCUUCCUCUCCACCUUUACCGACCAGGAAAUUCCUUGACCAAGAGGAAAUUGUACCAAUAUCUUGUAUGUCUAUAUAUAUCGCUUAUGUUUUGCGUGUAUCAAGCCUCCAAUGUAGAUGGAAAUAGCAUUUAAAAGAUCC